AUGCUCCCCUCUCAGGCUACUCGAAUCGAUCAAGAUAAUGUAUUCUCAACUUUGAUUACCCACGAUGAGGAUGAGGGUGCCGAACUCGUUCCAGUAGAAGAUGCGCGGCAAGAGGCCGCAUUUCCGCUCGAGAUCUUCGAGCAUAUCAUCGACCAACUACAUCCUUCCAGAAAUGUGCGCACCUUGCGGAGCUGUUCUUUGGUUUGCAAGGCAUUUGUCCACGGGUGUCGCAAGCGUCUCUUUGCUUCAAUCAGGAUCAGCGACAACUUUGCUUUGCAACGCCUUGUAGAUAUGUUACAGCAGCCCCACUUGGCACCCUAUUUGACCCACGCGCGCGAGCUUUAUGUUGACGAUCCCAAUGCCCGCCCACCUAAGAGGAAUGGAUUUAUGACACUUGCCGAAUGGAAAAGGUCCUGCCGAUCUUCCGAUGAGCCACUUGAUGCAGAGCAGCCAGGGAUCAACAUGCCUCUCCUCGCCGAGCUGAUCGCGCGACAGUUUCAAAUAUUGGAACGGCUCUAUUUUCAACUUCCGGAAGAUGAAAACGAACUGCAGGGUUUCUCGAGUCCCUCGACAACCCUCUUUCCACAUCUCGCCCUGCUCAAAGUCGAUAUAGGUACGGAAUGGAAGGCCCGGGGACGUCUGUUGCAAGCUGCAAGAUUCUUAAAGAAAUUUUCUGGGGAAUCGAAGCACCUCAAGCGGAUUAUAGUAUCGUUCGUCAUGGAAGACUCUUCCAACGAGAUUUUGGAAAUAGACCGUGGAGAUUGGGAUAACAUCGAUGAUGCGUUAGUGACCGGGUCAUUCUCAAAUCUCGAGAGGGUUGAAAUUCGGUGGAUGGGGUGGAAUUUCAAUUCCGGGUACUUUAGCUCAGAACUCGUUCCCCAGCACCUCAAAGCCCGAUUCCCUAAGUUGGCGCGAUGUGGCAUCUUGCGCAUUCGAAGAGCAUAA